GCAUUCUUUAAUAUUUCAAAGUGCAUUUCUUAGCAUAUAACUCAUUACAAAGACAGAUUGGUGGGUGGUUGUUGUUUCUUUGAGAUCAUAGGCUAAAUAUUUUGGCCUCCGGGCCCUAUCCCCAUUAAUUCUUGAACAAGGUUAACUGAAAUAUUUAUAUAUGGUUGUAGGAUUCAUACUUGACAAAUACUUUGAAGAUAUUGUUUCCAGCUUACAUUGUAGAACAAUUUUCUUAUUCAAUAUCAACAGCAAUUUUUUAAAUAUCAUCUACAAUAGGUAAAACCAUGCUAUAAUUUUCCUCAGGUAAUAUAGUUUUUUAGUUUCUCUUAAUAUAAAUAGGUCCACAAACUGUGUAAUAAGUACACAGGCCUGUAAUCAUGUUUGAAAAGUAUUUUAGAUGUAGUGAAAAAACAUUACAGUGGACAUUGUUUUAUAUUCACUUUUCCAUAUGUUGAUUCUGUCCAUGUGGCUGCAAGCAAAAUAGGCAGUCUAGUUCCAGUAUAUCCAGAAAAAUCAGAUGUGAAUACUAUGUCUGAUUUAAAAAAAAUAAAUAAAAAGCAGGUACAAAUACAACCAUUGUCCAAACCCCUACAGUAGAAUGCGCACAAGCCAUUCACCACUCAAAGGUCUGAUCCUGCUUCUACUGACAUCAAUGGGAGCAGGACUGGUGCCAAAAAUUAAACUAUGGCUUUUAUGGUAGAUGAUCAUAGAAUCGUAGGUCUGGAAGGGACUUCAAGAGGUCAUUUAGUCCAGUCCCUUGUGUUCAUGGAAGGACUUAGUAUUAUUUAGACCAGAGGUUCACAAACCGUGGUCCGCAAGCUCCAUUCAGGUAGUCUACAGAUAGUUCCUUCUAAGAUACGCGCCUGGGCAGCUGCACAUGACAGAAUGGAGGGCCACCCACCUAAUUAGCAGAGCCAUGCAGGCCUGUUGCAACAGUGUUACACUGUUAGCUCAUAUUUAGCUUGUGAUCCACUAUGACCCUCAGAUCCCUUUCUGCAGUACUCCUUCCUGUGCAGUCAUUUCCCAUUUUGUAUGUGUGCAACUGAUUAUUUCUUCCUAAGGGGAGUACUUUGCAUUGAUCCUGAUUGAAUUUCAUCCUAUUUACUUCAGACCAUUUCUGGACCAGUUUGUCCAGAUCAUUUUGAAUUUUAAUCAUAUCCUCCAAAGCAUUUGUAACCCCUCCCAAUUUGGUAUUGGCUGCAAACUUUAUCACUGUACUCUCUAUGCCAUUAUCUAAACAAACAAACAAAAAACAACAACUAACCACAAAUUAGGUAAUUACAUGCCACAGUUGGCUUUGGUUUAUCAUAGGUAUAGCAACAAUGUCAGUCAGGAGGGAGGUCUGUAUUUGCAAAUGCCAAAGGCAACUUCUAAAAUCCUCCAGGUAACUCCUGCUUUUCUAAGCUAGUCUGACCUAAAGCCAGAGCAGGGAGGUAAGCAACAAAUAACAGGUCAGACACCAGAAUACAUAUCUGAUAACAGGCUGCUCCUAUAUGUUCUAAACAAUUAAGUACAGCUGUUUGAGUGUGCAUAGAGUAAAAGGGAUGGAUGGAUGUUUUUCUUGUACUUGCUCCAUUCAGCAGGUACAAAACAAUUAACAAAAAGAUAUACACACCAGCACCCAUCAGUUGUAGGUGCUGGGAUUUACAGGAUCUACAUUUAGUAAUUUGUUAGGUUUCAAAAAUUGUCCUCAAAAUUGAUCCAAAGCAUCCAGCUUCUGCUGCAUGUAGUGAGAGUCUGGGGAUAAACUGUUUGGACUUCCUUCAAGUGACAGGUGCAUCUGCCGUCAUGUAAGGUGUGUGAUUUCUAUCAAGUCACAGCCUAGCACACUGCUACGUUGGGGUUGUGCUGCGUAUUCCAUCUAAUGUAUAACGACUGCUUUCAGAGCGCCCGCUAUGAACCCCCCCUUCCCCCCAAGCUAUUGUGGCACCAGCUGAACAAUUAUAUGAAAAGCAGCCCAGGACGAAAGGCUCACAGUCAUCCAGAUGUCUCCCCCCACACCUAGUGAGAGAAAGGGAUGCUUCAGCGGAAUGCAACCAGCUGGGCUGUUGUGUGCUCUCCGCGGCUCCCCGCCGCCCGUGCAGACACAUCAGCAACUACAGCUGCUUGGUAUAUCGUGCCCGUGCCGUAACUUCGCAGGGCGCUUUGCGAAGCUCGGCUCCUAAAACCAUCGGCUCGCUUCUGUGUGUGAACGCCCCCCCCCACUCACAGCCAGGGCGCACGGGCAGACACGCUGCCUCUGUACACACGUCAGUGCCACCCACCGAGCCGAAACGUGAGCCCCGGCCAGGCCCGAGAGGCAGCAGCAAGACGAAGGGGGCGUGAGAGGCCCGGCCGGCGGCGGCAGCGCUCCGCAGUGCAGGGCAGCGCCCCGCUGAUGGGCGGGCGCACGCGGCAGCUCAGGCCCCCAGCCCCGGCUGCGCCCUUUGCUUUCCCGCGGGGCCCAUCUCUGCCCCGCAGCGGAGGAGGCGCAGUCCCGCUGUCCGUCCGCAGCCCGCUUGCAUGGACACGCCGGAGCGGGGCGGCCAAGGAGACUUGCUUCCCAAGCUGGUGCUGCUCUUUGUCCUCGCAGAAGAUUGUCUUGCUCAGUGUGACAAUGACUGCAAAGCUUACUGCUGUGAUGGGACUACCCCCUACUGCUGCUCGUAUUAUGCCUAUAUUGGGAAUGUCCUUUCAGGCACAGCAAUAGCAGGGAUUGUAUUUGGUAUCGUAUUUAUAAUGGGAGUGAUUGCUGGUGUCGCCAUCUGUAUCUGCAUGUGCAUGAAGAACAACCGUGGGACUCGAGUAGGGGUCAUCAGAACUACGCACAUCAACACCAUCAGCACCUAUCCAGUGGCUCCUCCACCUUAUAGUUAUGAAUAUGAGAUGGAAUACCCAGCAGACCUACCUCCACCUUACACUCCAACUCCACAGACUUCAAUACAGUAUCCGCCACCUCCUCCUUACCCUGGAUAUUCAGGGAAAUAAUUAACUGGCUUUAAAGAGAUAUAAAGUGCCUGUUGAAUCAGCCAGCACAUUAUGGACAGAUAUUGUUGGCUCAGGAGCAAAUAGAAUGGGGCCUACAUCCACAUAUACUGCCUGGGGUAGUGUAACGGGGGACAGUUGCUGUGGCUCAGGAUGACUUCUAAAGGAUGAAGAAAAGUAUAGUCCAUCCCAGAUCACUGUAAUUCACAAAUAAACUGAAGCACAAUAGAAGAAACAGCUAUUAGGACUUACAGCCUAGCCAACAGUGAUUAGCAUCAUCCACAAUUCUGCUGACUUUCUUUAGCAACUUGUUAAAGUGAACUGGAAUAUUAUUUUUCCAAUUAAAGGAAUGUAUGAUAAAAAUGGUUAAUAAGUUUCCUCUUCAGAGCAUGAGAUACAGCAGUUGGGGUCUAUUCUGGGAGGAAAAUUCCAACUGUUGUCUACAAACCUGUAUCAUAUCUUUCCUUGAAGUGGUGUGGAUAAGGAAGAACAAGAAAGACGGAAGCUACUUAUUAACUUCCAUUCCAAAUAGGAAUACCAGAUGAUGUGUUCAGCAUAGCAGUAUUUAGGAUCUGAUAGGUAUACUGCAAACAAGAAUUUUAUUAGUCAUUCAAUAGCCAAAAUAUGACUGAUGUAACUACUUUUGACCAAAAUGCAGGCUAUUUUAAGUGCCUACUUUUAAGGAGAUUAAGCCUGGUUUAUAGCCUGUAAUCUAAGCAUACAGAAUGUUUUUGUAUGUAGAUUUCACUAUAAAUUAUAAACAUAUCUUUUUAUAUGGAUUUAAAUACUGUAUACAGAUUUUUAGGUCACUAGAUAAUACUUUAAUUUUGAAAGUAAAUAUAGAUUCAGCAAAAUCCUGAAAUAGUUUUGGAGGGAAAAAACCCAAGGUUAUUAAGGCUUCAUAGAUUUUUUUUUUUUUUUCCUGCAGUUUGAUUUCUGAUUAAACUGUAUGAAGAUCAGUAGUUAUUUUAAUUGGACAUUUGUUCUCACAAGUUAAUAGUCAACAUAAAGGAAGAUGCAUGCAGAGGGACUGUAAACAUUGCUGUCAACAGGGAAGAUAGGGGAAUGAGUCAUCUUGGUUAUUUAAAUGUGAUUGGGCUCCAUAGAUUGAAAGGGAGAUCAGAGUUGGAUUUACCAUCCUGUUUAAGAACUGCACACACAAAUAGGGGUAUAUGCAAUUCUGUCCUCUUCUCUUCUCUUUCAGAAUCAUUUUUCAGGUGUUGUUGGUGAAUGUCCUUCAUUAGAGAGUUGUUGGAACAAAAACACCAACAUGGAUUUUUAUAUUUUAACUUACUAUUGUGUAACAUUUACAGCUGUUGUAUGGGCUUUUUAUGGCUUCCUUCCUUAUCUGUAUGCUCCACAACUUAUGUAAAAGGUAGAAGAGGAAAAAUGAUGUAACAUAUCAAGAAGUUAUGGUGACCAGAAUUCACAAAGCUGUGGAAACAGCCUUUUUUAUGCAUAUAAACUCCAGGUUAAUCAUGAUUCUUAAGGCUCAGAAUGUGUUUGUUUAAAAACUAGCACAUAGCCCUCAGCUGGAAACUUUCAUGGGCAUUCAAUGUAUUACAAAUUAAAAAGAAAGAUGGUUCUCUGAGGACCUGAACCAAAGCCUACUGAAGUCACUAGAAAGACUCCCAUGACAUUAUUGGGCUUUGAAUUAGGUCCCAAAUGAGGAACACUUGAGGUGUUUAGGCCCUGAUUCAGUAAGGUUUUUAGCGCUAGUGUAGUGUUAAGCACAUGAAUGAUCUCAUAGACUUCGGUGGGAGUACUCACAUGCUUACAGGUAUUUGCAAGCUUAAAUACCUUGUUGAAUCCAGGCCUUAAUAACUAUCUUUGCUAGUAUUUUGGAGUAGCAUUUGUCCCUUCCAGUAUAGGCAGUUUUACCCUCCUCAAAAGUCCACCUGAAGGCAUAAAAAACCUUUAUUCUCAACAGAAUGUGUUUAAAAGGGCUGUUACGUGGUCUUUGGCCAAACCGAGCAUUGUAUAAAGAACUCAAACUUCUUAAUCUAUUCAGAGGCAAUUGGACUAUCCCACAGAACUUGGUUAUAGUGAGUUUCAUAGUGCCUUCAACAAAGAAUGGAGAUUUUAUUAUUCCUUUUGGUGCUUUGCACUCUAAUCCAAAAUUAUCUGAUUUUUAAAAUUAAUCCAGCUCUCUGCUGGAGUAAUAAGGGUGUGUCACAUUAGCCAUUAAUAUGGCUGCUCACAAGGGACAGGCAGCUGUUCAUAGAUAGAGCCUAAAAUAUACUUGACAGUAGGAGUCCUGAUUAUAAUAUUUUGGCUUCCCCUACUCGUGACCAUCUGUUAGGAUGAUGUCAUGUCUGCCAAUAUACCAGUCUCAGCCAGUGGUCAGCCUGCAUAACAAGCAAGCACCAUAUUCUCUGCAUGAAGUCCCUCCUCUCCCAUAGCCACAUUAAUAACCCCAUGCCUUUUUACAGCUGAUCACACCUGAUGACGCUUUUUAUGCCAAAAUAAUUACCCUUGGGAGAGGAAGGUACGAAUGAAGUGAGUACUUUUCCUUCCCUCGUUUCUGGAUUUUCUGCUCUGUAACAAUGUACCUGCAUACAAAAAUACAUCUCAGAGAGCAGUUUUGCAGUUCCAUUUUUAUUUGAUGACCUCAUGCUACUUUGUACAUUUAACCUCUUACAGUUUCCUGAACAGAAAACGGAAAUAUAAAUGUCUCAUAGAUCAUGAAUCUUCCCUCAUCAUGAAGAUCUUUCUCAUAGUGACAUUAGUCAGAACAAGUAAGAAAGCACAUCUCUUAUGGAAAGAGGCAUUUCUGAUAAUUAGUGAGAAAUCAUCGGUCAAGAGAUCCACAGUUUAACUCGCAGCUUUGAGAUUGCACAUCGCUGAUGGUAUCAUAUUGUAAAGAUGGUCCUGGUGGAUAAGGUGUCUAGAUUACAUAAGUAGCUUGUGUAUUCAGGAGGACAGUCUUAGAAAUUCAUUUUAGCAUCUCACAGAAAUAAACAUCCUUUUGUUUGAUGGGACCCCAGUAAGAGAGAGCCUUGGGGUGCACACUUGGUACAUUAAUUUUCUCAAAAAACUUUUGGGCCAUAUCAGAGGAUGAUUCAAUGUCUCAUAACUGAUUUACAUUCACCCUUGCCCUGGCUGAUCGCAGAAUGAAGCAUAAGACUGUUCCAUUCCUGCAAGUCAGCUGGAAUUUUGUCACUGAAGGAGUAUACAUCAAGCCCUAUCAAAGUAGAUGAUGAUGUAGCUAUUGUGACAGGGUCAGGCCAGAUGGCUUCAGGAGAGUGAUAGAAGGCAGAUAUAUUAGCCCCAGGUUGAGUAGGUCCCUUUUCCCUGGGUAAGGCAACAGGGAAGGUUCCAGAACAAUCAGGAACUUUCUGGAAACAAUUAAGGCAGGCAGGCAGAUUAGAACACCUGCAGCCAAUCAAGAAGCUGCUAGAAUCAAUUAAGGCUGGCUAAUCAGGGCACCUGAGUUUAAAAAGGACCUCACUUCAAUUUGUAGCGUGUGUGUGAGGAGCUCGGAGCAAGAGACACUAGGAGCUGAGAGUGAGAAUGUGUAUUGUUGGAGGACUGAGGAGUACAAGCAUUAUCAGACACCAGGAGGAAGGUCCUGUGGUGAGGAUAAAGAAGGUGUUGGGAGGAGGCCAUGGGGAAGUAGCCCAGGGAGUUGUAACUGUCACACGGCUGUUCCAGGAGGCACUCUAGACAGCUGCAUUCCACAGGGUCCUGGGCUGGAACCCAGAGUAGAGGGCGGGCCUGGGUUCCUCCCAACUCCUGGUCAGACACAGGAGGAGUUGGCCUGAGCUGUGGGUUCAUGAAAACGGCCAAACUGAGGGCUGCCAUGAAUCUCUGAGGCAAGCAAAUCCGCCAAUAAGUGCAAGACCCACCAAGGUAGAGGAGGAACUUUGUCACACUAUAUACAGUUGAGUACUUUCAGAGUGUUUGAGAAGAGUUUAAAUGGUAACAGCCUUCUUAAAGCAAACUGAGGUGCAUGUACAAUACAAGCAGAUGAAAGAAAGUUUGGAGGGUUUAUUAAAUUUAAGCAACAUGGCAAAGAAACAGUUGCUGCAUAACAAGAAAGAAGAGUUUCACCAUCUUAAAUAGGCACAGAGUUAAAUUUAGUUGAAUUCAGAACUUCUGGCUGAGUAGCACUUAUUAAAGGUCUUAUCAGUUGGAUCAGUGCUUCAUCUUCAUACAGAGUAAGCAACUCACAAACAGGUAUCUCUUUAGAGACCAUUCUGCUCCCAGAGUAUAUUCUAGCAAUUUCAAGAGAAAUCUAUUUAAGCAUUAAUGACCUAUUUGGGGGAUUUUACAGUUAGGUAAUGAUCAGUUAGAGGAGUUAAAAGGUCAAGGCAAAGCCAUAGGAAGUUAAAUGUACUAGACUAUCAUUACUUAAAUAACAUACUCCAAUGAAUAGAUCAUUAGUGGUAAUAUAAACUUUUCUUAAUGAAAAAUUAAAGGAUUUACUCUUUUAAUGUUGAUUAGUUUGAAAGCGUAAUAGGGAAUGUUUAGCAAUUUUAGCAAAUCUGGAGGCCAGAUUCUCAAUAAUGCCACAAUACAAAGACGAUAAUGCUUCAUAAAUCAAGUAAGUCGAUAGUAACAGUGUUCUAUUGUAAAAAUACAUCCUUCCAAUUUAAAGCUAAUAUUUCCAAGACCUUUUGUUAAACCACAGCAAUAUUUUUAUGGAUUGGGAUAGUUCAUAAAGGGCUAGUGGUCAUGUAUUAGAAUAAUAAUAAUUAAUAGCAUUUUACAUUUCUAUAACAGCUUUCAUUCUAAAGGAUCCCUGAAAGCUUUACUAAUUAGAUAUGCAGGAAUCUUUCAACCACCACUGAAAUGUAUUCAAUCAGGGAAUGAAACAGGACAAGUAUUUAAGCGCACAGAGUAACAGUACAUGACAGUUUGGGACAGGAAGCAAAGAAAAAUGCCUUAAUCCCUUGAAACUGUACAUGGAAUUAAAGUAGAUGAAAUGUAUUUAUCCAAAUAGGAAUUUGCCCUGGAAAUCCGGGUCUGCACAACAAAUCUUGAGAAAAGAUUGACUGGAGUCUUUAAUGACAGCAAGUGGUCACUAUUAUUGUGUUAUUUUUAUUUAUCAAUGCCUGUAUUUGUGUUGCAGUAAUGCCUAGAGGCCUCAACCAAGAUCAGGGCCCCACUAUGAUGUACAUCCAUAUUGUAAAACUGCCCAUGCCUUUAAGACUUUGCAAUGUACAUACAAGGGUAAAAGAAAUAAAGUAUUAUUAUUAUUAUUA